AUGGUAAGUCAACAUAUUGGUAAACAAUCAAGCGAUUGUCCAGGUAAUCUCAAAUGGAACACAACAGCAACAACAAUCAUUGGUGGUUAUGGUACAGGUCCUAAUCAAUUAAAUUACCCUAAUGGUAUAUUUAUCGAGCCCAAAACAGAAAUUUUAUAUAUUGCUGAUGUUGGCAACCAUCGUGUUCAAAAACGAUAUCCAAAUGGUGAGAUUAAGACUGCCGCUGGUGACCCACACGGCCACGCUGGAUCAACACCGGAUAAAUUAAAUUGUCCCGUAGAUAUUUUUGCAGAUGAAAAUGAAAAUGUCUUCAUUUCUGAUUGGUAUAAUCAAAGAAUUCAAUAUUGGCAGAAAGAUGCCAAAAGCGGUAGAACAGUAGCCGGAAAUGAAACUUUAGGUACAGCAGUAAAUGAAUUCCAUUUUCCAACAAGAGUAUUAAUCGAUUCAAAAAAGAAUAUACUGGUUGCUGACAGUCUAAAUCAACGGAUCAUGCAAUGGACAUUUCCAUAUGAUUCUGAAAAAAGUGUUGGCACAAUUAUCGCUGGUGGUAACGGUGCAGGUCUUAAUCCAUAUCAAUUAAAUAAUCCAAAUGGUUUAUAUUUAGACGAACCCAAUCAAAUAUUAUAUAUAUCAAAUGAGGAAUCGCAUUCAAUAACACAAUGGGUUAUUGGUGAUUAUGAACCUCGUAAUAUAUAUGCUGGUAUACCUGGUAGAUCUGGCGAUAGUGCAGUCCAAUUAUAUCGUCCUCAAGGUAUAACUAUUGAUAAAUAUGGAAAUUUAUAUGUCUCAGAUUCAUACAACAAUCGUGUGCAAAUGUUUUGUCCAAAUUCUGUAUUUGGUAUUACAGUUGCAGGGAUGGGAGACGCUGGAAGCGGUAGUAAUCAAUUAUCUUAUCCACAAGACAUAACAUUUGAUUCAGAAAUGAAUUUAUACGUUACAGAUACUCAUAAUUUUCGUAUACAAAAAUUUCAGAGAAUCAAAUAA